GCCGGAUUCUUGGCCGCCAUGCAGCGGUUCCGCUUUUAGGUUAUUGAGGCGCUGCGUGGGCUGCGCUGUGAGCGCCGCUGCCAGGAGCUGUGAGGAGAGGACCAGCGAACACAGAAGCCGGUCAUGGUGAGCGAGGGACCACUGUCCCCAGACGGGGAGGAGCGGCCGGCUGAGCACCGGAGCCCCCGUGACGGGUCCUCCUCGCGCAAGGGGUGGGAGCUGUGUCCUGGGACCCCAGGCUCUGGUCGGCUCCGCCCCUCGGGCUGCGUCUGCGUAGAGCGCUGAGCACCGUGCUGGGAGGCUCCGCCCCGCUCGCCAUCCUUGUCGGUGACUUCACUUUGGUGCAGGCCCUCAGGAGGUGUCUAUGUGUUAGGGUAUCUAGCUUCUCUGAGUUAUCUGUAAGAGGUUCUGUACUUCACAUUUCAUAUUUAGGUUUAGGGUGCACUUAGAGUUAAUUUUGUGGAGUUAUAAAGUCUGUCAUUAAAUAUUUUUACAUAUGGGUGUUAAAUUAAGGUAGCCCACUGUUAAUAAAGGAAUUCCUUUGAAUUUCCUUGUCAAAUACAGUUGACCGUAUUUUUGCACAUUUAUUUCAGACUUUUCUCCUCAUCUGUUUAUUUCGAGAUAGAAAGUUUGUUUUGGUUUUUGAGAUAGAGCUUCUAUGGAGUCCUGGCUCUCUGGAGCUUUCUUUGUAGAUCAGGAUCCUGUCUCUGCCUCCCUGAUCAUGCCCACCAGAAAUAGUCUGUUUUUAUUGUAGUUUUAAAAGCAGAUGAUAGUAACAAGUGAGCCUACUGUUUCAGUGUGUUGACAGUUUUCUUUCUUUUCUUUCUUUCUUUUUUUUUUUUUUUUUUUUUUUUGAGAAAGACACUCAUGACUCAAGUCUAGCCUCAAACUCACUGUGUAACUGAGGGUAGCCUUGAACUUCUGAUCUUUUUCCUCUCACUCACCUCAAGAGUGAAAGGUUAAAGGUAUGUGUCAACCCUGUCUGGUUUUAUGUGGUGCUUUGAAGGGAACCCAAGGCUUCCUGAUACUAGGAAUACGUGUGUGAGCGUGUGUGUGUGUGUGUGUGUGUGUGUGUGUGUGUGUGUGCAUCAGAUCCCCUGGAACUAGAGUUAGUUUCUGGCUUCCAUGAGGAUGAAUCCAGAUCAUUUUCAAGAGCAUCGAAGGCUCUUAACCCAUUAGUCUCUCCAAGCCCAUAGUAUUGGGGCAUAUCCAUCAGAGAAGACUGCUUAGACAUGGGUUUAAGCAAAUAGAAAGUCUUUAUUAGCCAGCCAGUGAAUACAUGGGUGCCAGUUUCUCAGUGUACCACUGAGCCUUUCGCAGAGUGAGCUUUUAAACAUAAAAACCAUAUUCUGGGUUGACCUACUUCAGGUAACAAAAGCAGUUAGCUAGAACAAAACUACGGAAGCCAAAAUGCAAGCUUAGUACAUGUACAGACUUUUCCAGAACUGUGUACUUUGAUGGAUUAGAUCUUUGUUUUCAUUUUGGCAGGUGGUGCUGUCUGUGUGCUGAGCUGUAUGGCCUAAAUGGUGCUUCCAUCAUGGAGUCAGUUGUGCUAAGGACUCAGUGACCUUUGAGGAUGUGGCUGUGAACUUCACCCAGGAAGAGUGGGUUUUGCUGGAUCCUAUUCAGAAGAACCUAUAUGUCAAUGUGAUGCUGGAAACCUGUAGUAACCUUGCUUCUGUGGGAAUCAAAUCAGAAUACCAGACCAUUGAAGAGCAUUAUAAACAUCCUGGGAGAAAUCUAAGGAACGUCACAUCCCGCCCUGGAUACACACAUGAGCUUGAGGAGUAUGGAAAGAAGCAAUAUACCUCCAGUUCUCUCGCAACUAUUCACAUAUACAUGGGAGCCCACAAUGGGAGAGGAACCUACGAGUGUGAAGUAUAUUCCGAAUCCUAUGGUUCUCCGAGUUCACGUGGAGUGUGUCAGCAGAUUCACAGUGGAGAACAGCCCCGUGAGCAUCAUCAAUAUGACACAGCCUUUAUUGGUCCCAGCUCAUUUUGCAUUCGUGGAGGGACUCACACCCAAGAAAACCCCUCUGAAUCUAAACCAAGUGCCGCCACUCCGAGUCCUUCCAACUACCUGCCGUCUCCCAGCGGAACUCCUAAUGGAGAAAACCAUUCUGGUUGUAUGCCAUUUGGCAAAGCUUCCAGUUGCCAAAAUUCCCUGCAAAGACAUGAAAUAAGUCACACCGGGGGGAAAUCAUAUGAGCGUAGGCAGUGUGGUCAAGUGUUCCAAGGUUAUAGUUCCCUGCAAAGGCGGAAAAUAAUUCACGCUGGAGAAAAACCCUAUGAAUGUACACAGUGUGGAAAGUCAUUCAUUUAUCCCUAUUUACUUAAAAUGCACGAAAGGUAUCAUACUGGAGAGAGACCUUAUAAAUGUAAGAUCUGCAGUAAAGCGUUUCUUUGUUCCUCUUUCCUGCAAAGACACAAGAGAACUCACACAGGAGAAAAACCGUAUAAAUGUAAGCAAUGUGCUAAGCCCUUUAGAGGGCUCAGUAAUCUUCGAGUACACGAAAGAACUCAUACUGGAGAAAAGCCCUAUGAAUGUAAACAUUGUGGGAAAGCGCUGCGAAGUCACAGUUCCCUUCAGAGACAUAAAAUAGCUCAUGCUGGGAAGAAACCCUAUGAAUGUAAGCAGUGUGGUAAGACCUUCAUUUAUCCCUAUUUACUUCAAACCCACGAAAGAUCUCAUACUGGAGAGAAACCCUACAAAUGUAGCAUAUGCAGUAAAGCCUUUCGUUGUUCCUCUUUCCUUCAAAGACAUGAAAGAACACAUACAGGGGGAAAACCCUAUGAGUGUAAGCAAUGCGGCAAGGCUUUCAGAGGUCAUAGCUCCCUUCGAUUGCAUGCGAGGUCUCACAGUGGGGAGAAACCAUAUAAAUGUAACAUUUGCGGUAAAGCCUUCUUGUGCCCCUCUUUUCUUCGAAGACAUGAAAGGAUUCACACUGCGGAAAGGCCCUAUCAAUGCAAGCAGUGCAGCAAAACCUUCAGGGGUCAGAGUUCUCUUCAGCUACAUGAGCGAGCUCAUAGUGGAGAGAAACCCUAUAAAUGUAAGGUCUGUAGUAAAGCCUUUCUGUGUUCCUCUUUCCUUCAAAGACACGAAAGGACUCACUGUGAAGAAAAACCCUAUGUGUGUAAACAGUGUGGCAAAGACUUUAAAGAUCAAGGCUCCUUUCAAAGACAUAAGGUUUCUCAUGUUGGAGGAAAACCUUACGAAUGUAAACAGUGUGGUAAGUCCUUCAUUUAUCCAUGUUUGCUUCAAGUCCAUAUAAGAACGCACACUGGGGAGAAACCCUAUGAAUGUAAGCAGUGUGACAAAGCCUUCAGAAGUCUCAGUUACCUUCGGAUCCACGAAGGAAGCCACACCGAGGAAAAGCCCUAUGAAUGCAGACAGUGCGGCAAAACUCUCAGUUGUUCCAGUGCCCUGCAGUUACACAAGAGAACACACACUGGAGAAAAGCCCUACGUGUGUAAGCAGUGUGGGAAGGCCUUCAGGGGCUUCAGUUAUCUUCGCGUCCAUGAGAGGACGCACACUGAAGAAAGACCCUAUGAGUGUAAACGGUGCGGGAAGACUCUGAGUUGCUCCGGUUCACUUCAGCUGCAUGAACGAACUCACACUGGAGAAAAGCCUUAUGAGUGUAAGCAGUGUGGGAAGGCCUUCAGAGGUCUCAGUCGUCUUCGGGUCCACGAGAUCAUUCACACUGGGGAAAAACCCCAUGAGUGUAAACUGUGUGGCAAGGCCUUCAGAUACCAUAGCUUACUUCGAGUGCAUGAAAGGACACACACUGGCGAAAAACCUUACGCUUGUCAACAGUGUAGUAAAGCCUUCAAAAGUCUCAGUAAUCUUCGAAUACAUGAAAAAACCCAUAGUGGUUUCUACGGAUGCAAACAGUGCGGCAAAACCCUCAGUUCUUCCAAUUCCCUUCGCGCGCACGAAAGAGCACAUAGUGGGGAUAGAUCGUAUGGCUGUAAAGAGUGUGGCAAAACCUUUAGACGCUUCAGUAAUCUUCAGGUCCAUGAAAAGACUCAUGCUGAAGGAAAACCCUACGGGUGUAAACAAUGCGGCAAGUCCUUCAUUUAUCAGUAUUUACUUGAAAAGCACGAGAAGGCUCAUACCGCAGAAAAACCCUAUAAAUGUGUGAUAUGCAGUAAAGCCUUUAUUUGUCCCUCUUUUCUUCAAAGACACGAAAGAAUCCAUAGUGGAGAAAAACCCUAUGAAUGUAGACAGUGUGGUAAGGCAUUCAAAGGCCUCAGCUCCCUUCUGUUACACGAAAGAGCCCAUGGUAGAGAAAAGCAUUAUGACUGUACGCAGUGUGGUAAAGCCUUCAGAUGUCACAGUCUCCUUCAGGCACACGAACGAACCCAUACCGGUGAAAAACCCUAUGAGUGUGAAGAGUGUGGCAAGACCUUCAAAAGUGCUGGGUACCUUCGAAUACAUGAAAAAACUCAUAGUGGUUUCUAUGAGUGUAAACUGUGUGGCAAAGUUCUCAGCUGUUCAAGUUCUCUUCAGUUACACGAAAGAACACACACUGGAGAAAAACCCUACGAAUGUAAGCAGUGUGGGAAGGCCUUCAGAAGUCAAAGUUCCCUCCGAAGACAUGAAAGAAUUCACGCUGGAGAGAAACCCUAUGAAUGUAAGCAGUGUGGGAAGUCCUUCAUUUAUCCCUGCUACCUUCAAAUGCACGAGAGGUCUCAUACUGGAGAGAAGCUCUAUAAAUGUAAUAUAUGUAGUAAAGCCUUUCUUUACCCCUGUUUCCUUCAAAUGCAUGAAAGAACUCACACUGGUGAAAAGCCUUACGCAUGUAAGCAGUGUGAUAAAGCCUUCCGGAGUCACAGCUCUCUUCAAAUGCAUGAAAAAGUUCACACAGGAGAAAAACCCUAUGAAUGUAAACAGUGUGGUAAAGCUUUGAUAAGUCAUAGUUCUCUUCAGAGACAUAAAAUGGCUCAUGAUGGAGAAAAACGCUAUGAAUGUAAGCACUGUAGGAAGUCCUUCAUUUAUCCGUAUUUACUUCAAAUUCACGAAAGAUCUCACACUGGAGAGAGACCCUAUGAAUGCCAAGACUGUGGUAAAGCCUUUACAUGUUACCGUUCCCUUCGAAGACAUGGAAAAACACAUACCUAAGCAGGGGAAAACCCUUAUGAAUGCCUACAAACAGGCAGGAAUGUUUAGAAUUUCUAGGUCUUUUCAAAUAGUGGAAGUACUGGGAAAAGGUCUAAUGAAUAUAAGACAAAUGGCAAAGGCUUUAGAUUUUUUUUGUUUGUUUGUUUGCUUGCUAUGGAUAGCUUGGGAGAACUCACUGGAGAAAAUUCCGUGACUCUAAGAGAUUUGUUACGAUCUUCAAUUCCAUUUGAAGAUAUGAAAAUAGCUGGUGUUAAAGCCUGUGAAUGAAUGGAGUAUGAUAUUCAUUUCUUAAACAUCCACUCAAAUGCAUAAACUAGUGCACCAUGAAGGCAGUUCUGUAGAAAGAGACAUUGGAUUGAAAUUGCUGCAGUUUGGAAAUUAAAGCUUAUAUUUUAACCACGCUAAAAAUCAUGCAAUAACUCCGAUUGGAAGAAGAUUCUACAGAUUUAUAUGUAUUGAAAUACUGAAGCAAACAAUGUUCAAAGUGUCAUUGCAUGAAUGAAAAGCUGUGUAAUUUGUGAAUUAUGGUGUUUACCAGUGAUUUGUGUUUAAAGAAAAUUGCAGCAGCACCUGACAUUGCAGGCCUGAACUCUUGGGGACUGUGGUUUCGAGGCAGGAGAUAGUAAGUUCAGGACCUGUCCACACAACUUAGUGAGACCAAGCACUGGUCUCCCAGUGUAAUUCCCAGUCCUGCCAUCAAGAGAAAUGGGAAUGUCCCUAGGUAAUGAAUUUCUAUUUCUUUUGCAGGAAAACAUUGAGGCGAAGGUUUUCUAAGUGUAGACACAAACUUUUAACAGCAGAAAUAACUGCUGGUAUAAAUUGUUAGACAAUUUCCUAAUCAUAGUGUAUCCUACCGUACACUUAAACUACGUGGUAUAACUUCAAGACUCUUCUAGUCUGUGGAAUGUAGCUUCAUUGUAUAUUUUAGUCGUAGCGCCAAUUAAUACUAUGAAUCGAAAGAUUUGGUAUAAAAAUAAAUGUUCUACAAAUGAAGAAUACUUACUGAGAGCAGAGUUUUUAAGGACUAGAUUUUCUUCCAUCAGAGACUUUUAGGUGAAUAUAAAAUCAUUGGGCACAUUAAUCUACUGUAACUCUUACCAACACUGUAGACUUUGUUUGUAGUAUGUUCUUUGCCUAAAGACACUGUAGGCUUCAUUUGUAGCAUAUUGAUGUUUUCCCAAAGAAUACAUUAGCUUAUAACAUUUACAGCGUGUAUAAAUUUAAUACUUAGGAUUCUUGUAAUAACACUGUUUAAAAUGUAACCAUUUACGAUUGCUUAAAAACUGUUUCUUUGUAUGCUUAUUCUUUAAUUUUUGCAUUGUAUAUAUUUUUUUAAAAAAUUGUUUGUGAAAAAAUGUUAUCAUUUAGAACACUGAGGCAGGAGGUUGGUGUUUGUAGCUGUCCCUGAUUAAAUGCUGAGACACUGAGACCUAGAAUAACCAGGUCAUGACAACUGUUAACUUGCACCUUCUUGUCUGUCAUGGAAACUUUUCAGGAACAGUAAGAUGUAUAGAGCUGAUGACAGUUCUCCCUUAAGCAGUCCUUUGAGAAGGACCUGUUGACGUUCUUGAGAAAGUCUCAGUUUUCUGAAAUAAACACAUGGUAGUGUGCUUAUUGGUGUUUUUCAUUGUUGAUCUGUUGUAAGCAGGUAAAACACCAUGCACAUUUCUAUGUUAAUGGAAAUCUUUUGGUAUUAAGUUUAAGCUUUCAAAUGUAUGACGAUUCUAUUGAGGUCUGUAAAUGCUUUUGAAUUCUUUUGGGCUCUUAUUUUCCUUCUGCAGUUUCUUUGAGAUUGGAGACUUUUGAAAUCGAACUAGGUGCAUUAUCAGAUUGCCAUAAACCCAGGGGAGAUGGGACGGAGUGUUUCAAUUUGAAUAUGAAAUUAUCCCCACAAAGUCUUGUGGUUGGACACAGAUUUUUAGUCUGUGCUUCCUGAUUCCUUACUGGAUUGCAAUAACUGAGAUUCAAAAACCACCUGGUAACAUGUAAAGGUUUUGAACUCAGUGAUUAAAAAUCCAGAUUUAUAUGUGCAUUGAUUUUUAUAUCACUGGCAUCACUCACCGAUGUUUGUAUCAUGUGAUUUAACUGUACCUCCACUUUGUACUGAUCACGCAACAUGUGUAUACAUGUGAUGUCAUGCCAUGCCAUGCAAUUAACAUACCAACUCUUUGAAGCACCUUAGCUCACACAAGACUUGCUGACUGUUGCAAAUUGAAAUACUUUUACUAAAUUCUAAGAGUUUUCUGCUCUUUUGGAAAUACUGAUUUAAUUGUGGAAAACAGACUUUUCUAUUUCCCAGGUGUCAUUCAUCAACAUAUAAAUACCAAAUUAAUUUAUCUUUGUAUUGUAUAGUAUAGUGUAGCUUUAAAAAUUGCUUGAAUUGCCCGGUUGUGUGUUGCACGAUUUUAUUCCCAGCACUUGGGAGGCAGAAGCAGGAUUCCUGUGAGUUUGAGGUCAGCCUGGUCUACAGAGUGAGUGUUAGACAGGCUCUAAAGUUACAAAGAGAAGCCUUGUCUCUAAAAACCAAUAAAAAAAUUGCUUGAGUUACUUACUUGUAUUUUAUUUAAAAAAAUCAUUCAUUGAUUAUUGGGUAGCAAUAAAGAAAAGUAUUUUAACAACUUAGGAAAUGGCCCUAAGUGUAUUUCUGCCUUUAUUUGUGAUGUUUUCCAUAUUUGACAAUUAUAAAACCAAAGUAUCAAAUAAUUAAUUAUCAAUCUGAAAAACAUUCCCUAUGUGCUACACUAUCAAAUAUUCAGCUAAGAUUUUGUGUUUUAUGUAAAAAUAAAUAUGCCCAUUCUAUUAAUAUACAAAUUUACUUUCAUGUUAUUAAAUGAUAAGAGAUAUAUUCACCAAAUUGUUUUUCAGUGGAUUUCUUUGAUUUAUUAAUAAUAAAUGUAUCAUUUGAACACCCACUUCAUAGACGUA